CGAGCGGCCACAUCUCAAGGGCUCACGGCCGUCCACGCCCGCCGUGACUUGGCGUCCUCGCCACGGGUCGCCCUCGCCCUCGGGUUUAUAUCAUCUCCGCAACCGCCGCUGCCUCUCCCACUCCCCGCUCCUUCCUCCCGUUCCGUGCCCCGCGUAACUUGCUUCAUUUCGUUCGUUGAUUGCUCUCUCAACGCCACCGGAACCUUCCAGAACCGCCCAACCCCCGUCCAUUCUCGCGCGCCCACGGUUUCGUUUCGUCUCGUCGGUCCGGACCAGAUCUGCCCCGGCGGCGGCGGCGGCGGUUACAUGGGCGACCUGGCCUCCGGCGAGACGCAUCCUCCUCCUCCUCCUCCUCCGGCGCCGGCGCCGGCGGAUAUGGCUGCGGCGGGCGCGGGCCAGAGGGUGCUGCCGACGCCCUUCCUCAACAAGACGUACCAGCUCGUGGACGACCCCGCCGUCGACGACGUCAUCUCCUGGAACGCCGACGGCUCCACCUUCGUCGUGUGGCGCCCCGCGGAGUUCGCGCGCGACCUCCUACCAAAGUACUUCAAGCACAACAACUUCUCCAGCUUCGUGCGGCAGCUCAACACAUACGGAUUCAGGAAGAUCAUUCCGGACAGGUGGGAGUUCGCCAACGACUGCUUCCGGCGAGGGGAGAAGCGGCUGCUCGUCGACAUACACCGCCGGAAGGUGACGCCGGCCGCGGCGAUCCCGAUGGCGCUACCCGUGGCGAAGCGGCAGGGCUCGGGCUCACCAGCGCCGUCCGGCGACGAGCAGGCGCUGUCCUCGAGCACGUCCCCGGAGCCCCAAUCUCUCCAUCAACACACACCGUCCUUCUCCGGCGGCUCAGGCGGCGAUCUGAGCCUGGGGGACGAGAACGACCGGCUGCGGCGGGAGAACACGCGCCUCGCGCGGGAGCUCGGCCAGAUGAAGAAGCUCUGCAACAACAUCUUCGCCCUCAUGUCCAAGUACACCGACGCCCAGCAGCAGCAGCAGCCCGACGCCGCCAACGCCACCUCGGCCGCCGCCGCCUCCGGAGACACCACGGAGGCCACGCUGCUCACGCCCCCUUCCGUGCUCGACCCCCUGCCCUCCUGCCCGACGGAGGACAAUAUGAGCGCGAGGCUCUUCGGCGUCUGCAUCGGCCGGAAGCGAAUGCGCGCCCACGACGGCGAGGAGGACCCCGCCAGCCGAGCGGCGGCGGAGGUGAAGCCGGAGCCGAUGAACGCGCAGCAGCAGCACUCCCCGACGGACGGUCACGCGGCGCUGGCGCAAGCCUGGCCCAUCUACCGGCCCAGGCCCGUCCACCACCCCUUCCGGGCAGCCUGCAGCGGGUCAAACCUCAGCCUGGGCUACGGCCACGCCGGGUACAACUCAAGGUGACCUGGGCCCAGGUUCAUAUGCCAUAUAAUUUAGUAGUUUAUUAAUUCGUUUUACUUACUAAUCCAGUAUUAUCAGCUAAUUCAAACGCGUGUACGUAGAGUAACUAGAAUGUAUGUCAGACUUCAGUUUCUUCGUAAGUUUCUCGGGAGUAUUUUAUCUCCCCCAAAUUAUCCGUCCUUCUUGUAUGUACACAAAACAAGGUAUAAAAACUAGAGCAGUGGUCACAAGUCCACUGAUGUGAUGGGAUCCUA